UUUCUGGUGUAGUUUGCAAUUUGGAGGUCCUAUAAAUCCUCUCCGUGUUCCAUACAAGAGCUAUACCGAAAUUACCGAUCAAAGCUAGAAGGAGCCUGCAGGCUGCCCAGAGUUGUAGGUCACGCUCCACCAAAACCCAAGCCAAAUUUCUCAGCUGUACCAUGUAACCCCGCUUCUGGAUGAGGACCGGGAUGGAUCAGGUGCACACGACUGCGGGGGAGCUCUGCCCCUCACGGAACACAGCACAAAACCUGUGUCAUUUGGCACAGACCCGGCCCUUCACCCGCCGUGCCGGGGAUUCCCGGAGCUCUGCGGGUGGGUGGAAAGACACCAGCGCCUCUCCCCUGCCUGCGGGCCGCACCCUGCCCGCCUCUUGGCGGGGCUUUCGCUCGGGUUCUGCACUAGCAGCUUUCCCUCCCCUCCCCAAAUAGCGGAAGAGGGAAGCUUUGGGCGGUGCGUGACUCCCUCGCCUCCCCUUCCGCCGCCUGCUCCGCCCCGGGUGCUGCGGAGCGGGCCCGGAGUGCAGUUUUCGGCAUGGCAGUGGACUGGCUCGGCUUUGGCUACGCUGCCCUGGUGGCAUCAGGAGGGGUCAUUGGCUAUGCAAAGGCAGGUAGUGUUCCAUCACUAGCUGCUGGCCUUUUCUUUGGGAGUUUGGCUGGACUGGGUGCUUAUCAGGUCUCACAGAAUCCAAAUAACAUUUGGGUAUCUCUGAUUACAUCUGGAGCACUGACUGCCAUCAUGGGAACAAGAUUUUACCACUCCAGAAAAUUCAUGCCUGCAGGGCUAAUUGCUGGUGUCAGUUUGCUAAUGGUUGGAAGAUUAGCACUGAAGAUGUUGGAAAAGCCCCAGGAAAAGUAACUGUUAAUUUUACAUCUUAGUAUUUGGAAAAGGAAACCUGAUCAUGAAGUUGCAUGAAUGCAGAAGUGAGAAGAUAGAAAAUUUUUUUGCAUCAAGACAUUUUUUAAUCUUUUUUUUUUAUAAAUAGAAUGAUGGGACAGAAAGUUUAUAUACAAGAUAGAGCUGUUUGUGUAUAGAGAGAAAUGAGUCCUGGGUUUGAUUUUUCUGGACAUAUUUCAAUGUAUUUUAACACUUACAUGUUUUUAUAUUCCAAAAUAUACUUCUGGCAUGUAUGAAGCAGAGAGAAAAUAUCCUGUAAUUAAGAAAAUAUCCACAAAGAGGUACCAGGAGUAACUGGCUAAAUAUAAUAAUGUAUCUCAAGCCCUUUAUACUGAGUAUUACAGUGUGCUUUACCUGUUGCACUCUGAAUUGAUAUACCAUGUCUUUAUAAUGUCAAACAGAUGUUGCCUUUUUAUUGUGAAAUGAUGAUAAAAUGAUGCUUUUCUAUAAGUAAAAUCUGUUACAAACAUG